UUCAGAGCAGUUAAUAAAUCUGCAGCGAGUGAAUCAGAUGGCUUUGGUCUCCAGGCUCCUUGUGAGCCCAAACUGAACUCAGACGGAAUGGCAGCUGAUAUGACUGGCAACUCUGAGGGCACUGACAGAGAGCUGGCAAUGGAGCACAGCAAAUUGGAGCAUAAGAGGAUAUUGCAGGCAAAAACUGACCACGAUACAUUGACGUGUCGCUGCUGUCACUCGCCCAGUGAACAGGCUGCAGAUAUUCAAACUGCUGCCGUGCCUGAACAGGUAAAUAUUACCGGUGUCUUGCAGGUUAAAUUCAAGAGAUUGAUAGAGGUCCGGGCGGGACGCCUCCGGAAGGAGACCAAGCCCAGUGACGCUGUCGAUUUCUCCGGAAAGCUCUCAAGUGUGAUGGUUGAUUCCCCACUGAACUCCGUCAAUGACAGACCAAGACGUCCCAGGAGUAUCUGUGUCCCAGAAAACAAGAUUGGAUUAUUCCCAGAGCUGGAUUCCCAGUCACUGGUGCCAGCUGUGAGGAGGAGAGGGAUCGAUCCUGAUCCAUUGUGUAAGGGAGAGCAUUCUCAGCACCACAAUGAAGCAGCAGUAGGAACUGUACAGCCUCAAGCAUGCAUUCUCUGGCCUGGGAAGAAGGAACUACGUCGACCCCUUAGUAUGAGUUUCCUUGAGGCUACCAGAACUCCCUGCCAUGCUGGGGCUGAGGUACUAGACAGUGCAGUGGCUGAGCAGACUGCCACUGCCACCAGAUCUGACAGCACAAGCUUUUUGCGAACUGGCUAUCGAUGGUCUAGUCACCGAUGGGUUAGCUCAGCUGGGAAGAUAGUGAGUGCAAAAGACACAGCAAGUGAUCUCAAGACCCCAAACUCCAAAAUAUCCCUAAAAUCACUAAAAAGAAGCCUCAGCUUUCGGAUUAGGAGAGGAGAGAACAAGAAGGAGUGUGAGAGCGGCAGGAGCAGGACACUGAGUGUUGGAGAAUCCUUCCGACAAAGGCUGAAGUCACCUGUAAGUGGGAACUUGUCUUCCCCAGAGACACCAAACCAAGAGACGCCCAACUGGCUUAAGCAAGGUCAGAGUUAUCAGGUGCAUCUACCAUCUCUUAUAAACACCUCCUCAGCUCCGACAGUGAAGCCAGCAUACUCACCGAAAGAAAACAUUGAGGAGAACAACUGGUGGAAGUUUCUGACUGCUCAUUUUCGCAAAAAGGAUUCACGUGUGAACAAAAACUCCCGUAAAAAUGAUAGAUUGAGAUCUGAUUUGCAGAGGAAUGGCUGGACUUCACCGAGUGAGGAACAGAAUGUGAUUUCGUGUGGGAUCCUUGAAUCUUGCAACAUACCUGAUCCAUUUAUGGAGAUCCAUCAUCAUCCGUCCAGAAGUGAAAUGUCAUCACCAUCAUCAGAAGAUUCAUUUGUGAACAGCCAGGAGUGGACACUGAGCCGCUCUGUCCCAGAGCUGAAAGUGGGAAUCGUGGGAAAUCUAUCGAGUGGGAAGUCUGCUCUUGUUCACCGGUAUUUGACUGGAACCUAUGUGCAGGAGGAGUCCCCUGAAGGUGGCCGUUUUAAGAAGGAGAUUGUGGUUGAUGGUCAGAGCUACCUCCUGCUUAUCCGAGAUGAGGGAGGACCUCCGGAGGUACAGUUUGCAACCUGGGUGGAUGCUGUGGUCUUUGUCUUCAGUCUUGAAGAUGAAAUCAGCUUUCAGACAGUUUACAAUUAUUACAUGCGACUCUCCAGUUACCGUAAUACAGCUGAGAUUCCGAUGGUACUUGUAGGGACACAAGAUGCAAUCAGUGCAACGAACCCUCGGGUUAUCGAUGAUGCUCGAGCACGGAAGCUGUCCAAUGACUUGAAGCGAUGCACGUACUAUGAGACAUGUGCUACGUAUGGACUGAAUGUAGAACGGGUCUUCCAGGAUGUGGCUCAGAAGAUUGUGGCAUUACGUAAGAAGCAGCAGUUAUCGAUUGGACCCUGCAAAUCACUGCCAAACUCUCCGAGUCAUUCCUCCGUUCCUAAUGCCUCCAUUCCAUCUGUGCACAUUAACCAGGCUGCUAAUGGAGGGGUUUUCAGUGACUAUUCCUCUUCAGUACCAUCCACACCCAGUAUGAGCCAGAAGGAAUUGCGAAUUGAAACAAUUGCUGCGUCCAGCACUCCCACCCCCAUCCGCAAACAAUCCAAGCGACGUUCCAACAUUUUCACAUCUCGGAAAGGCAGUGACACCGAUAAAGAUAAGAAAAGCAUAGAUGGUAAAAUGGACAAUAUUGGGAGUGGACGAGCUAUCCCCAUCAAACAGGGGAUUCUCUUGAAGAGGAGUGGGAAGUCGCUGAACAAGGAAUGGAAGAAGAAGUAUGUGACACUCUGUGAUAAUGGUGUUUUGACCUACCAUCCCAGUUUACAUGAUUAUAUGCAGAAUGUUCAUGGUAAGGAAAUUGACCUGCUACGGACAACGGUUAAAGUGCCAGGCAAGAGGCCUCCACGGGCAACAGCCGGUAAUGCUCCAAGUGCCAGCCCCAAAACUAAUGGGCUCACCAAGGACAGGAGUAACCUGCAACUGGCUGCGAAUCCGGAUGGUGAGGAAUCUUACGAGUUUGUGAUUGUAUCGUUGACUGGACAAACGUGGCAUUUUGAGGCCUCGAACUCUGAGGAGAGAGAAUCAUGGGUGCUGGUGGUUGAGAGUCAGAUCUUUGCCAGUCUACAGUCGUGUGAAAGCAGCAAAAAUAAGUCUCGAUUGGGAAGCCAGAGUGAUGCCAUCGCUAUCCAGUCGAUUCGGAACAUGCGAGGGAAUGGAUUCUGUGUUGACUGUGACACACCAAAUCCUGACUGGGCAAGUUUGAACCUUGGAGCCCUGAUCUGUAUAGAAUGCUCGGGAAUCCACCGGAACCUGGGUACACACUUGUCACGGGUUCGCUCCCUCGACCUGGAUGACUGGCCUGUUGAACUCAUCAUGGUGAUGACGGGAAUUGGGAAUGCCAUGGCCAACAGUGUGUGGGAGGACUCGACGCAGGGUCUGACUAAACCCAACCAAGACAGCAGCAGGGAGGAGAAGGAACGCUGGAUCAGAGCCAAGUAUGAACAGAAACUACUCCUGGCAGCUCUGCCCCAAUCGGACAUCCCCCUGGGACAGCAGCUGCUCCGAGCUGUGGUGGAGGAUGAUCUCCGGCUGGUCGUCUUGCUCCUUGCUCACGGAACCAAGGAAGAGGUGAACGAGACCUACGGGGAUGGAGAUGGCCGGACUGCACUGCAUCUGUCCUGUGCCAUGGCCAAUGUUGUUAUAACUCAGCUUCUUAUAUGGUACGGAGUGGAUGUGAAGAAUCGGGAUGCUCGUGGACUGACACCGAUGGCGUAUGCUCGGCGAGCAGGAAGUCAGGAGUGUAUCGAGAUCCUCACACAGUACGGCUGUCCCAGUGACAACUUCAUCCCCAUCCCAACCCCGAACCUAUCGCGCAGGAACACCAACGUUAAUAACAACUUACAGUCAGAGCUGAAUCGAAGUGCCAGCAUCAUCUAAUCUCCCGACAUUCAGAGGACACAGCUCCCAGCCAUUCCUUGUAUAUGUGUUCUCUCUCUCCCCCAGCACCCUCCCUGUCUCAAACAGCAGACUGAUGGACCUUCUGCUCACUGACCAUUGCUGCUCUGUGAAUGACCCAGUGUUACAGAGUGUUGCUUUCUUAAUUAUGAUGUGGUCUGGUACACAAUGCUCAAACCUGCAAUCAUGAUGGACAAGCCUAGGUGACCAAGGUGAAAAAGACACUGAGCCUGAUCCUGGAUGGAGACAGACUACAGGGCAGGACACAGCACCUGGCAAAGCCAAAGGCAGAAUCAUGUUGUUACUGCAAAGCAGCUGCUCUAAGGAGAAUCAUUCCAUUUACUCAGAAACCAAGCACACCACACUGAAUGGUAUAGGCAUCCUAGAGGACAGGGCAUAUGUAUGAGAGUGUGUGUUUCACACUACAUGCAGUCCCCAGAUUGUGAAUGGGUUCUGUUCUCGAAUUUGUUCAUGAAUCAAUUCGCAUGCAAAUCAGAGCACAGUACAGUACGAUAUAAGAAUCUUUAAAUUAAUAUCAAUAUAACCCUGUGUGGGAUUGCGUGCGUAAGUACAAGUGUUCAUAAGUCAGAUGUUGGUAAACUGGAGACAACUGUAGUGGUGAAUGAGCUGUGUAUUGGUACACAUUGUUUGUUUGUGUGUGUGUGUGUGUCUGUCUGUCUCAGUGUUAGCAUCUGUAUGGCGUGUGUGUGUGUGUGUGUGUGUGUGUGGUGACACUAAUCAUGAAGUUCCUGUAUAUUUGUUACACUGAGUGUGAGAGUGUGUUACACACUGAUGGGGAAUGCCCUGUUUGUAAUAUUGGUGUGAAAUGUGGAUGUUAAUUUGAUUUUGCCAGUUCCCCUUGUCUCUCGCAUUCCUGUUGUGUCUUGCUGUAUUUUCUCUCCAGUACAGGUCUGUGCUGGGUUGUAAUCCCAAUGUUAUUGAUUGUCACUGGUGAUGGGAACUCUCUGCUCUCCCUGUUCCUUCUUGUUUUUGAAUCAAGAAUGACAGGAAAAUUGCUCCCAAGGUUGUGGUGAGUGGAGCAACUUCGGUUUCCUCUGGAUAGUGGGUGAACAGCACUUUGCACGGAAUUUCCUCUUCUAACUCCCCCUACCAAUCUCCUGUGAGGGAAAUGAGAAUGACCAUAAUCACUGGUGGAAAGCUUGGGAUCAAGCUGCUCUGAAAUCAUCAGGGUUUUAAUUAACACAACAGGAACUGGAUGCUGGUUGAAAUGGGAUAUUGUAGACAGGCUUCAUUUCCACAGGGCCUGGAGUCUGUCCUAGAGAACCAGUCAGUGUGGACAGGCCCUAGGGUCUGUCCUGGAGGAGUGGUCAGUGUGGACAGGGCCUGG